AGGAUCUGGUAGAGGUGCUUUUCUCAGAGUUUCCGAUCGCCGUGGAAUUCUUGCUUUGGCUGGCUGUUACUCAGCCUCAGUGGCCCUCAGUUUCCUCAUCUGUAAAAGCCAUUGGGUGGCAGGUCUACAACUUGUUAGGAACUGACUUGGUUAUUUCCUGCUCACUACUCUAACAUGGAGGUCUAGUUCUCUAAUAUGGAACCUUUGAAGCUCUCCUUUUUGUUGAUGACUGUGGCGCUGCGGGAGAUCAAGGCAGGAAUUCACUCUCUGAGAUACUUCCAAACUUCCAUGUCUCAGCCCGGACUCACAAAGCCGAGGUUCAUUUCCGUGGGCUAUGUGGACGAUGAGGCGUUCGUGCGCUUCGACAGCUACAGCGCAGGUCUGAGGGAGGAGCCUAUGGUGAUGUGGUUGGACAAGAGUAACCAGAAUUACUGGGAGAGAAACUCACGUGUCAUCCGGGAGACUGAGCUCACGUUCCAAGUGGGCCUGCAGAAUCUGCAGAAGUAUUACAAUCAGAGCGAGGGAGUUCACACAUAUCAGCGCCUGGUCGGCUGCGAAGUGACUUACGACGGGAUGUUCAAGAGGGGGUUUGAGCAAUUCGCCUACAAUGGGCACGACUAUAUAUCUCUGGAUCCGACAACUCUGAGUUGGACCGCGGCAGAGCCCAUGGCUGUUAACUCCAAGCUCAAGUGGGAGGCGGAGCGCAGCAUCGCCCAGAGACAGAAAGCGUAUCUGGAGGAUAAGUGCGUUUACUGGCUGCUCAAGUACCUGGAGUACGGGAAGGAGAAACUGCUCCGGGCAGCUCCUCCCUCUGUUCGAAUUACCCAUCAUACCCAUCCUGAUGGUAAGGUGACCCUGCAGUGCCGGGCCCAGGACUUUUACCCCGCGGAGAUCUCUCUGACCUGGCUGAGAGAUGGGGAAGAACAGCACCAGGACACAGAGUUCAUCGAGACCAGGCCUGCUGGAGAUGGGACCUUCCAGAAGUGGGCAGCUGUGGGGGUGACCUCGGGCCAGGAAGGGAGAUAUACCUGCCAAGUUCUGCACAAGGGGCUGCCUGAGCCCCUCACCCUGAAAUGGGAGCCAGAGUCCUCAUCGCCCUGGAUCAUUGUGGGGGUCCUUGCUGUUGUCGUCCUCCUCAUUUCGAUCAUUGCUGGUUUUAUAAUCUGGAGGAGGAAGAAGACUUCAAGUGUGCAGGACUGGAAGGGGGUCAUUAGGCGCAGGCACUAUGGAGAUUCAGGCAAUGACAGUGCACAGGUGUCAGAUGAGUCAGAUAUCUUUUUCACAGCCAAAGCCUGAGAGAAUUGCCAUGUGUGGACCUGAGAAAGAAAACAAGGAUAUUCAAGUCUCUAAUUCCUGUCUUGUUCCUGUGUUCUUUGACUUCUCUUCCCAGCAUUAGCUUUUGAGAUCAUCACUGAACUCUACUGGUUAAACCCCAGGGAAGCAUCUAUAAUGCCCUCAUCCUAUUAUCUAUCUAUUAUUAUCCUGUCUCACUUUGCAGAGGCCAGAGGGCUUUGUAAAUGACCCCUCCUUAACAUUUGAUGUUUCACUGAACUCUGAUAUUUUUCUUCUUGCAAAAAUUGGUAUAAUGAAUACAUUCUUUCUUCAGCUUGAGAAAACUUGGUUAUGGACAACUGAGAAAAAACUAAAAAUAUAUAAACCUUUAAUUCCUGUCUUAUUUGAGUUGACCCCUGGCUUUUCUUCCCAGCAUUGGCUCAGGCUGGCACUUGAAGUCUUAUUCCUCCAGAUUAUAAGACCAGCAAUGACCGAAGUGAGGAGAAGGACAGCAGCAAGGAACCCCACAAUGAUCCAGGGGGAUGAGGAUUCUGGUUCUAAAAGCUUUAAUUAAAAAAAAAAAAACAUGAAGGAGGAGAAAGAACUGAGACAGAAAAAAUGAGGGGGGGAAAAUAUAUAGGAAUUAACUCAAACUAGUAUGAAUUCAAGCCAUUCUCCAAUUGAUAAGUGGUCAAAGGAUAUGAACAGACAAUUUUCAGAUGAAGAAAUUGAAACGAUUUCUAGUCAUAUGAAAAGAUCUUCUAAAUCACUAUUGAUCAGAGAAAUGCAAAUUAAGACAACUCUGAGGCAUACAGCUCUCAUAUUGGCUAAAAGGAGGGAAAAGAUGAUGAUGAGUGUUGAAGGGAAUGUGGGAAGACUGGGACACUAAUACAUUGUUGGUGGAACCAUGAUUGGAUCCAACCAUUCUGGAGAGCAAUCUGGAAUUAUGCCCCAAAAGUUAUCAAACUGUGCAUAUCCUUUGAUCCAGCAGUGCUACUACUGGGCUUAAAUCCCAAAGAGAUCUUUAAGGAGAGAAAGGGACCCAUAUGUGCAAAAAUGUUUGUGGCAGCCCUCUUUGUAGUGGCCAGAAACUGGAAACUGAAUGGAUGCCCAUCAAUUGGAGAAUGGCUGAAUAAGUUGUGGUAUAUGAUUGUUAUGGAAUAUUAUUGUACUAUGAGAAAUAACCAACAGGAUGAUUUCGGAAAGGCCUAGAUUGAUAUUGGACAGUUCAUUAAAUGAACUGAUGUUAAGUGAAAUGAGCAGAACCAGGAGAUCAUUAUAUACGGCAACAACAAGAUUAUAUGAUGAUUAAUUCUUUUUAAAAAAAAUUUUAAAUUAUAACUUUUUAUUGACAGAACCCAUGCCUGGGUAAUUUUUUACAACAUUAUCCCUUGCACUCACUUCUGUUCCGACUUUUCCCGUCCCUCCCUCCACCCCCUCCCCUAAAUGGCAGGAAGUCUUAUACAUGUUAAAUAUGUCAUAGUAUAUAUGAUGAUUAAUUCUGAUGGACAUGACUCUCUUGAACAAUGAGAUGAUUCAAACCAGUUCCAAUUGUUCAGUUAUGAAGAGAGCCAUCUACACCCAGAGAGAGAACUGUGGGAACUGAGUGUGGGUGGUCCACAACAUAGCAUUUUCACUCUUUUUGUUGUUGUUUGCUUGCAUUGUAUUUUGCUUCUCCUUUUUUUUUUUUUUAAACUGGUUUGAUUCGAUUUUUCUUGUGUGGCACGAUAAUUGUAUAAAACAAGGCUAAUGUUGAAGAAUUAUCCACGUAUAUGUUUUGAAAAAAUAAAAAGUUUUAAUUAAAAAAAACUUUAAAAAAUGAGGGGGAAAAUAAAUUGGAAAAAACAUUAGCAGCAACCCAAAAAGCCAGAUAUUUCUGAAGACAUAAUAAAAAUUAUUAUAGAAAGUUAUGCAACAAA